CUAUAUUAUUGUUGUUCGUCGAAUAGAACAAAGGCAAGCAACACUAUGGACAACGAAAAGAAUGAGGCAGAAAGGAAAAGAUCACUUCGUGAUAUUUUGGUGGAUUUCAUGGGUUAUACAACGGGACAUGGAUUUGCAAGGCUCGUUGCUGCAACGUCAAUUGCUUGGAGAAUAUUCUGGAUCGUUGCUGUUUUGGGCGCAACUGGAAUGUUCGUCUACCAAGUAUCUGACCUGUUUAAAUUGUAUCUAGCACGACCUGUACAGACAUCUGUGACUGUUACCUUUGAGAAGAAACUAAAAUUUCCUGCCGUCACGAUUUGCAACUUGAACCUGAUAAAAAGGAGCAAAAUGGUAAUGCUGCCCGGGAAAUUGGUGGAAAAUUUCAAGCUUAACACUACCUAUUAUUACGUGGACAAAAAGAAAACCGUUAGCGACUCGACUAAAACUGAGACGAAAGGAAACGGAAUGACCAAUAUGACUGAAAGUCCAAAUCCAAAUAAACUUGUUAACAGUACUGAAAAACCGAUCCAGACUUUUUAUAGUGCCACGCAACCGAGCAAAGGUAUUAUUACUGAAAAACCGAGUACACCUAUCAGUUCUACCGCUGAAAGUAAAAGUAAAACUAAACUGAGGAAAAAACGGGAAAUAAAGAAAGAGGAAUAUCUACCACCUCCUGGAACCGAACCUGGAUACACGGCGUAUGACGCUAGUACAUGGGAAGACAAAACUGAUAAGGAUAUUCUCGAUGAAUACCCGCCUGAAGGUAAACUGAGCCAAGAAGCUAAAUUAAGAAUAAGGGUUGAAUCGUUUAUUGGUGAACAGGAUCCAUUUUCUCUAUACUCGCUUGGCCAUGAACAGCAAGACUUUAUAAAAAGUUGUACGUGGAAAGGUGUAGAUUGUGCAAAAGGAAAUCUAAGCAAGUUUUGGACUGAGAGUUGGAAUUAUAGAUACGGCAACUGUUUCACAUUCAAUGAUGGCGUAGAUGAAAAAGAGGCCCCACUUCGGGUUUUACAAUCAUCUAAACCGGGACCAUCUCAAGGUUUAGUUCUUAAACUCGAUAUCGAAGAGAAUGAAUACAUUGGCGAAUUGACAGAGGAGGCAGGUGUGCGAGUUGUUCUGCAUGAACCAGGAGUUAUGCGUUUUCCUUUUGAAGAAGGAUUUAGUGUCGCCCCAGGCAUGGCGACCUCGGUUGGAUUAACGAUAACAAAUAUGAAGAGAUUGGACAGGUUCAGUGAUGGGAGCUGUUUCGACGAAAGUGUCCAACUAGCUCCAAACAAUUUGUACAGAAGAAAAAGAAAUAUUACACGCUACUCUUUGCAGGCAUGUCUGAACUCUUGUUUGGGGGAAAGUCAAUUAGCCAUUUGUAAAUGCGCAGAAGCCGCCUAUCCAACAGACAAACCAUGCAAUCUUUUGAACCACAAAAAUAGGACGUGUUUGCAGAUGGUGAAAUAUCUUUUCAGUAAAGAUGAGCUACCUUGCAUCGAGAAUUGUAAGCGACCAUGCAGGGAAGACGUUUAUGAAAAGACGAUAAGCACAUCUAUGUGGCCAUCAAAAGCGAACCUGGAGUUUUUAUCAACGACCGACGCCGCCACGCCUAAUAGGAGCAGUGUGCUGUUGUUGAACAUAUUCUACAGUCAGUUGAACUAUCAUGUUAUUGAAGAAUCAUUUUCUUACGGGACAACAAAUCUUCUAGCUGACAUAGGAGGUCAACUUGGUUUGUGGAUUGGCAUCUCAGCUCUGACUUGUGGUGAAAUAUUGGAGUUGAUAUUUCAGAUUAUUACAUUUGCUUACAUGAAGUUCAAAUACCGUAAGAAAAUUCAAGUAAUUAGAAUAGGAGAUACCGUGAAACGAUGAGCACCAGCAGCUUCAAAGAAACGAAACGACGGAAGAAAGCGAGGAACUCGAACACAUAUUUCGACAACAACGAAAUAAAUAUUUACCAACAUUUAUAGGAUAAGCCUUGCAAAUAUGCAAAGAUUUUUUCAAUUUACUGUAAAUACGACGAUGAUAAUUAGUAUAUUGCAUACUGAUAUUUAUAUUUAGCAUUUAUAGACCAAGAGUGACCAGGAUUGAGCGAAAUAUUUCUGCAGGGCGAAGCACGAGGGUCAAAACUCGAAAUAUAAUAUAUAAUACCGAAAAUUUGAACAAUUGAUUUUAGUUUAGAUGUUCAGUCAGUACAUAAAAACAAAUU